CAAUUGUAACGUAGACUGUGAUUCAAAUUCGCCUAAGUGUUUUAAGUGUUGUGGCGGCAAGUGACGAAAUCAAAGAUGGCGUUCGCAGCGGCACGAAUGAUUUUAAAAGACAAAAGACGGAAGGCAUCUAAGGAAGAUUUUAGAGAUCCCCGAAAUAGGAGCAAGGCCCGGAGCGCUAGCACCAGUAGCUUUAGGAGUGUAAGUCAGGCUCGGAACAAACCAGCUGAUGGCGGUGGUCACGUCAAUCAGAAGAAUGCCGCUGGACAGAAAACAACACCGACAGGCCAAAAAGGAGCGGCGAGUAAAGGCGGCCCGAAGACCCCCGUGAAGCCAUCAGCACAGAAAGGAGCAGUAAAAACGGCGCCUCCCAAACAGGCAGCAGCAGCAGUGAAGACACCUCAAGGGAAGAAGAAGAAGGGACACAAACAUCAGCAAUACGAACUUAUUGUUACCAUCAAUCUGUCUGAAUAUGGUCUUACGGAAGAACAAGUAGCAGAAUUCAAGGAGGCUUUCAUGCUGUUCGACAAAGACGAAGACGGCACAAUAACGAUGGCGGAGCUUGGUGUCGUGAUGAGAUCUCUCGGACAGAGACCUUCCGAGACUGAGUUGCGAGAUAUGGUGAAGGAAGUCGAUCAAGACGGUAAUGGUACCAUCGAGUUUAAUGAGUUCCUUCAGAUGAUGUCAAAGAAGAUGAGGGGUGCUGACGGUGAGGAUGAGCUUAGAGAAGCUUUUAGAGUGUUCGACAAGAACAACGACGGUCUGAUUUCAUCGGUGGAGCUGAGACAUGUGAUGACGAACCUUGGGGAGAGGCUGAGUGAGGAAGAAGUCGAUGACAUGAUCCGUGAGGCCGACCUCGAUGGUGACGGCAUGGUUAACUACGAUGAGUUUGUGACAAUAUUGACGUCGAAAAACUAGUAUGCAGCUGAUAAACCCAAAAGAGAUCGCCCCCCACCGCGACCGUACCAUCCGGAACCGAGUCAGCUCGGGGGGAAAGAAACUCUUAUUUAAGUGUUCGUGUGUUUGCUUUGGGUUCAAACAGCCUAACUCCCAACGAAGUUAUGUUGCAAAUGAAACAACGGCCUUUGAGUGAUUUAAACCGUGGCUCCGUGUUUUUUACAUAGUUUAUCGUUUUUUCUCGUUUUAAUUUGGUGUUAUAUUAAGGUUUGCGAACCACUGCCUUUGGCUUAACACUGUUUGAUGUUGGUGUUGUGAUGUAACUUAUUUUAUGACACAUUAUGUAAUAUGUACCUACGUAUAACGACGACUGUUGACGUAGCUUCGCUAGCCAGGCGUUUAUUGGAAUCAAGUGCUUCUAAGAUUUAGUGUGAUUGAUUCACUGUAUAAUAACAUGUCCCGUGGUUUGCAUGCAUUUGUAAAUAUUGCAUGUGUGGAGCAUAUGUUAUAUGUAAGUAGAUCAAUGACGUUCGAAGCGUGUUUUGGAGAGUACUUAAUUUACUACGCGAUGAAAAAAAAACACUUCGAUCGCGUUAUACUGAUCUUAUCGUUAUAAAAAUGAGCUGUAUUAGUUAUCAUUCAUAUUGAGAGCUAGUUAUUAAAAAUAUUAAGAACAAAAGACAAGUUCGAGUUAAUUGAAUUAUAAAUUUAACUGGAUAUAGUUGAUAGCUCGUAUACUUCAAUAGCACGUAACUACAAUUAAUGGUAACUAUGUUGAAGUGUGUUAUUCGUAAUAUUUUAUAUGAAACAUAGAUGUUAAAAUUUAUUAUGUAGCUGAUAGAUGAGGUGUGCGUUUUACAGACAGGUAGAGUUAUCAAAUAAUUGAAUGACGAUAUUCGUAAGCUGCUCAUCAUCGUCGCAAGAGUCUUUGCAGACUAGUCGUGGUCAUCACGUAUCAGUGAUCCGUAUACAUGAUGGCUUUCAUGGGAUGAUAGUUGCAGUGAUUUCUCCUUGCCUCUGCACCAGCACUUUUUUGGGGCUAUUUAGGCCCCAAGUCUUGCUGUAGCCUGUUCCAGUCAGUGGUGUCUAAAUACUCUUAGAAAGUACAUAUGACUCGGAAAAGAUCACAUCGGUACUUGCCAGGUUUCGAACCCUCGCCCUCACGUAUGAGAGGCGGGCCUUUAACCUCCAGGCCACCACGACUAUCAUGAGCUAUUAUAGCUUUUAUAAACAAACAAAUGAAGUCACAUUAAAAUUGUAUUAUAACAUUUUGUUUUAACGUAAUGACUGAAAAUUGAGAUUAUAUGAGAAAUAUCUUUUUGUAAUACAAACAAACAAAUAAAAUAAACUCUCUAUUCCUUAUUUUUUUUUCCAAAUGAAACUAAUUUACGUAUAUAACUAGAAAUUUUCCGUUAGAAAUUAAUUUGAAUUUUUUUUUAAAUAAUCAUAUAAAAUCUCGUUAGUACCUAUUCAAUUUGUUGUGUAUGUAUUUUGAAUCGUAUAACAUUAGGUAAAUAAUAUAAAUCAUUGCAUUCCCUACCAAUAUAAUUCUAUUCACUUUAGUUAGUCUGUUACCUGUCUGUAUGACGUCACAUGGCAUAGAUUUAAAAAUCGGUUGUGUCCAUUUUGUAACCGUUGUAGUGAUCAGUAUACAUGUGUAGUAUAGAAGUGUUGUAGAUCUCAUAAGUCUUCCACUAAGCGAAGGUUGACUGAAUUAUGAGAUUACAGUUUACUAUUGUUACUAACACGGCCAUUUUAUAAUAAUAUUAUUUUAUGUGUUUUUAUUAUAUAAAAAUUUCGCACUACCGUCUUGAUUCGUUAAAAAAUUAUAUCCUAAUGAUCCAAAUUUUAAAGGCAUGCCAAAUAUCAAUGAUAAUGUACUAUCAAUUCUAGUUAAAUAUAAUUUAAAUACAUUCAAAAGAAUUAUAUUUCUGUUAGUAAAUAUAUCUAUAUAUUUUUUUUUUUUGAAUUUAUAAAACGACGAAAAUAAUAUAAUGCCAAGAAAAGCGAAAGAUAUAAUUAAAUGAAAUCUUAUUUAUUAUAGUUAGGAAAAUAUAAGAAAAUAUACACACUCCAUGAGAAAAUUAAUUAUUUUCAAUGUUAAAUAUUUCCAAAAAUUAUCUAUUUAUUUAAAGUACGAAGGUAUAAAAUUAUAAAUACAUUGUGAAUGAAUAUAAAAUUUAAUUAGCAAUACGAAAAGCCUGGAGGCUUUAUAUUAAUUGCAAUAUAUUUAUUUUUUAUUAUCAUAUAAAUUUAUAUACAAUAAUGACAAUAAAAGAACAUAAUAUAAUGAGUCAAUUUUACAUAACAAAAAACUAUAUUUUGGAUGAACGAUUCAAUAAAAUCGCAUAUCACACGCAAUAAUAUUAAGAGAAAAAAAAAUUAUUUUAUCGAAAAUAUAUUAAAAAGGUUUUACUGUUAAUAAGAAAGAUUAUUUACAUCAUAUUAUUUGUUGAAGAUUUAUAUUAAUUAUAUGUAUAAUGAUUGUAUAUUUUUGCAAAUCGCAAUUCUAUUGUCAUGAUAAUUUAGUUCAUUAUUCCAUAACAUUUUGUGUUAAGAAGCGCUAGUGAUAACCGUACCUCUAGCAUGACUUCGCUUUACACUAUUUUUAGCAAAAACAAUUAGUUGUCAAAAUUACUUGUAUGAAGUAAAAAAAUUAACCAGAACUACGCUUUAAGUUGGCAGUGGCAAAAUAUUCCACGAUUCCAUUGAGAAUGAAGCCAUAGCUUAAAAAUAAGAUUAACCAGUUAUAACACAGAAUAAAUAGAAAUUAAGUUCGACAGUUAAAAAAAAAAACAAUAUAUUUGUCCCUAUUUUAUCAUACUAGAGGUACAGACUCAAUACUCCAUGGAGGUUACAUAAUCGAAAUUGAUUUAAGAAAAUAUAUGUAUAUUAAUAAGUUUUUUUUUUUAUUAUAAUUAAAAUUGUAAAAAUUUUGUUAUAAAAUCCUAUUAUCACCAUUGUUAUUGCAAUAAUCAAAAAAUUUCUCCAUUGUAACUUAGCGUGUAACACGUUAAACGUUUCGAAAUUAAUUUAGUUUUUGAACAACGAUGUAUAUGCUUUCGUUUAAGUGCGAUUGGUAGCACUGUUCUGUUAUUGAUUUAUGAAAGUUGGUAACAAUGAAACUAGUAUCUAUAAUGUACUGUUAUAAAUAUCGCAAGGUAGAUCGAUGUAACUAGAAGAUUAUACAGGCUUCGUAUGAAAAGGACGUUUUAAUAAAAUUGAUAUGUGAAUAAAA